UGCCGCCGCUUCCGCUCUCCGCGGUGCGUAGCGAGGGGGAGGGCGGGGAGGCGCCGCCCCGGCCCCGCCGCCUCGUGGGACCCGCUGCUGCUGCCGCCGCCGCAGCCGUGCAGUUACUAGCACUCCUUGGAGACGAUGGACCACUCAGCGAAUGCAUCUGGGCUCCUGGAAGGCUCUAGUAUUGGGUCACAGAAAGAGAGAGUGGUGACUGAGGAGGAAUGGCUACAAAAAUGGGAAGUGGGUAACAUCGGGUUUCACAAGGAACAAGGACAUCCGCUCCUCCAGAAGUAUCUGGAUGUUCUUUUAAAUGGCAAGAGUGGACUGAGGAUAUUUUUCCCGCUUUGUGGUAAAGCAGUAGAGAUGAAAUGGUUGGCAGACAUGGGACACAACGUUGUUGGUGUGGAAGUAAGCGAACAAGCACUGAAGGAUUUUUUUUCAGAACACAGUCUGCCUUAUUGUGAGGAGCCAGUCCCAGAGAUUUCAGGAGGAAAAAUGUUCCAGAGUACCUCUGGCAACAUUUCCCUGUACUGCUGCAGUAUUUAUGAUUUGUCCAGCUCAAUAGUUGGCAAGUUCGAUGGAGUUUGGGACAGAGGAGCUCUUGUAGCUGUGAAUCCAUGUGACAGACAACGCUAUGCCAGUUUGAUGAUCAACUUAAUGGAGAAGAAUUCUUCUUAUCUCCUUGUUACGGUUUCAUAUGAUCCAAACAAACACAAAGGCCCACCAUUUUAUGUUCCUGAAUCUGAAAUUAAAAGCUUGUUUGGUUGUGGAGAACAGGAGGGGUGCCUGAGGACUGAAGAAAAGACAGUGUCACUCCAGUCUUCAAAAAGGGCAAGAAGGAGGACCUAGGAACCUGCACGCCAGUCAGCUUCACCUCAAUCCAUGGAAAGGUGAUGGAACAACCCAUCCUGGAUGUCAUCUCUAAGCAUGUGGAGGAAAAGAAGGUUAUCAGGAGUAGUCAACAUGGAUUCACCAAGUGGAAAUCAUGCUUGACUUAUCUCAUAGCCUUCUAUGAUGGAAUGACUAUCUGGGUAGAUGAGGGAAGAGCAGUGGAUGUUGUCUACCUGGACUUCAGCAAGGCUUUUGACACUGUCUCCCAUAACAUCCUCAUAGGUAAGAUCAGGAAGUGUGGGUUGGGUUAGUGGACAGUGAGGUGGAUUGAGAGCUGGCUGAAUGGCAGAGCUCAGAGUGUUGUGGAGAAUCUAGAUGGAGGCUGGAGCAAGCAGUGUUCCCAAGGCUCAGUACUGGCUCCAGCCGUGUCCAGCUUAUCCAUCAAUGACCUCAAUGAAGAGACAGAACAUACCUGCAGUAAGUUUGCAGAUGAUACAAAACUGGGGGAGUGGUUGACACAGCAGAGUGCUGUGCUGCCGUCAGCAAGACCUGGACAGGCUCAAGAUCUGAGCAGAGAGGAACCUAGUGAAUCUCAGUGAAGGCAAGUGCAGGGUCCUGCACCUGGGGAAGAAUAAGCCCGGGCAUCAGCACAGGCUGGAAAGUAACUCUGCGGAGAAUGACCUGGUGGUCAACAAGAUAGACAGCAGUGUGCCCUUGUGGCCAAAAAGGCCACCACUGGUCUCCUGGGAUGCAUUAGGAAGACUGUGGCCAGCAGGUCAAGGGAGGCAAUCCUGCCUCUCUAAUGAACCCUGGUGAGGCCACAUCUGGAGUGCUCUGUCCAGUUCUGAGCUCUUCAGUACAAGAGAGACCUGGACAUACUGGAGUGAGUCCAGCAGAGGGCUAUGAAGAUGCCUAGUGGACUAGAGCAUCUCUCUUAUGAGAACAGGCUGAGAGAGCUGGGAUUAUUUAUCCUGAAGAGGACAAAACUGAGAGGAGAUCAUUAAUGCUUACAAAUAUCUUUAAUGUCAGGUGUCAAGAGGAUGGGACCAGACUCUUUUCAGUGUUUCCCAGCAACAGGACAAAGAGCAACAGGCCCAAACUGAAACACAGGAAGUUCCAUCUGAAUAUAAGGAAAAACUUCUCUACUUUGAGGGUAACAGAGUACUGGAACUUCUCCCCUUUGCAGCUUGUUUUGAAAGGAAAGUAUGAUUGCAAUGUAGGUGUAUUCAUCAAGAAUAGAAGGCAAGUAAAAGCCAUGAGGUUUUUUAGACUGUUGUAGUCCUAGAGCUGCAAAUGGGUCUAAUGAUUUUAGCACAGCAGUCCUCAUGCCUACAGCCCAUCGCAACACUCGAUAUUGCUUGUAGAUACUCAUGUUUCAAGGUCAGGUCGACAGAGAGAAGAGAUGUAGCCAGCGGGCCAGGGCAAGCUCAGAGCUGUUAUUUUUUUAUGUUUUCACUUCUGGUCACUACCGCAGCUACCAGGAUAAAGCAUCUCCUUUCUUUGAAUCCAGAAUUUUUUUUCUAGAUGCAACGUGAGAGCUGCUGAAUUUUAUCUCAGACUUCCAGACACAUGAUAUCCUCAGAAGGCCAGGUGCUUGACAUGAGGCUGCUGCAUGCUCUGUGAUGUCCUGUGCAGGACUCCCAUGUGACAACCUGGCAAGAGCAAUGCCACGUGCCAAAUGAGCCAUUUUGGGAUGUGUAAGAUGCCUUUGCCAUGUGUGUACCCUGCAGUUACUCUGAGAAUACACCGUAAAUACACCUUGCAGAACAAGCA